GACCUCUUAACAAGUAUGAAGGGACAUUCCAAUCUAUUGGGGGAGCGUGUCCUCCCGCCGGCCUCCCCCCCGAGGGGAUGCAAGCCUUUCCGGCGGGAAGACAUCCGGGUGACACGAUAUUGGCUCUCACAGCCAUCCAACCGGUUGUGCAUCCUAGGAUGGAGGAAGGAUCGGCAGCGCGAGAGUGGGAGGAAAAAAGGGUGUGGCUCCUUUAAGAAUAUCCGAUCUCCCAAGAGGGUUCUGAUCAGAGCCGGUGGAAAUCUCGCGAGCACAUGCCCCUCUGGAGGGCGGGGAAAGGGGGCGUGGCGACUUCUCGCGAUGUUUAUCCCAGCGAGGGGGCGACCAUUUUGGUUUCCAUCCGCCGGCCGGUUGCCCCGGCGGCGGCGUCUCCCUCCGUCCGGCAGUGUCCCAGGCAGGCCCCGGGAGGUGUCCGGCGGGAGGGUGGACGCGAUGUGGCGGCUCCGCUGCAAGGCCAAGAACGGCACCCACGUCCUGCAGGGCCUUUCGAGCCGGUCCCGCGUGCGGGAGCUCGAGGGCCAAAUAGCCGCCCUCACCGGGAUCGCCCCCGGCGGGCAGCGGAUCCUUGUCGGCUUCCCCCCGGAGUGCCUGGACCUUAGCAACGGGGAGACCGUGCUAGGAGACCUGCCUAUCCAGUCGGGUGAUACCCUGAUCAUCGAAGAGGACAAAACCAAGCAUAAGACUUCAUCUUCUGCAGUUACAAAACAUGGUGCUCAUACUUCGUUCAGGGAAGUUUUGCCUGUGCUUACCAGGACUGUGGUCCCAGCAGAUAACUCUUGCCUCUUCACCAGUGUGUACUAUGUAGUUGAAGGGGGAGUUUUGGAUCCAGCUUGUGCCCCUGAGAUGCGAAAUCUUAUAGCAGAGAUAGUAGCAAGUGAUCCAGAAUUCUAUUGUGAGGCAUUAUUGGGAAAAACAAAUCAAGAAUACUGUGACUGGAUUAGAAGAGAUGACACUUGGGGAGGAGCUAUUGAGAUAUCCAUUUUGUCAAAGUUUUAUCAAUGUGAAAUUUGUGUAGUGGACACUCAGACAGUCAGAAUCGACCGUUUUGGGGAAGAUGCUGGUUACACCAAAAGGGUACUACUAAUUUAUGAUGGCAUCCACUAUGAUCCACUUCAGCGAAACUUCCCUGACCCAGACAGUCCUCCCUUGACCAUCUUUUCCUCCAAUGAUGACAUUGUUCUUGCACAAGCAUUGGAACUGGCAGAUGAAGCUAGAAGAAAGAGGCAGUUUACUGAUGUAAACCGGUUCACCUUGAGAUGCAUGGUGUGCCAAAAGGGGUUAACCGGACAAGCAGAAGCAAGGGAACAUGCCAAGGAGACUGGCCAUACCAACUUUGGAGAGGUGUGAUCUAUGCAGGAGGAAGCAUUGUCUACUACCUCAGUCAUCCAGAAGGCUCUGGGUUUUCCAAUAAGCUCUCUGUAAACCUAAAAGACAAAAGGACAUAAUGCUUGAAACACCCUUUAUACUUAAGACAAUGAAGACACUAGGAUUCCUUGUUAAGAUUAAAAUUAGUGUGCAAGUUUACAGAUCUGUGUCUACAGUGGUGAUACAUGCUCUCUUCCUGCCAGGUGUGACAGUGAGUGGUGCUUCUCACUUGCAUUUGUGCCCUGAACCUAGCCUGAAGAGAGUUUUUCAUAUAAGCUAGCACUGAGCAGCAUUAGCUAAUAGAAGAAUACAACUGGCACAUUUGGGGGUAAUGUGGAAGGCUUCAUGUGACACCACUGCAUAUACACACAACAGUGUCUAGAGCAACUUAAACCUUUGAAUAACACUGAGUUUGAAAACAAUACUCCUUUCUAAAUUAUGACUCCAGUUAAGGAGCAAUUCCCUAAAUGACUGCAGGGUGGUCAGCCUGAUUUUAUGCUGAAAGUUGGUAGACUUUUCAUAUUUGCAAAUACUUUGCAAGGUAUAAGUACGUUACAUAAGCAGUUUCUACAGGGAUGACAACUACUUCCUGUGAGUGUUAUCUCAAAAAUUGAAUCUGACAGUGCCCUGUUUAAGAUUUAUAGUAUAUAAAAGUAGAAUGUAGGGGAUAAGGUGCCUAAAUUCAUAACUAUGGUGAAGGAGCUGACUGAAGUUUUAAAAGACCAGCAUCCUUGUUUUAACUUAAUUUUUAUUAGCUAAUAACUUAUUGGAUAAGAUUUUUAAAUUAAGCAUAGCUUUAAAAAAACAAGACGCUUUUAAUUGAAGUUCCUUAAAAUUCAAGUAUUCAAACUUUGCAAAAGAUGUUUGGUUUGUUUUUUAUCUUCUGUGUGUUUAAUUUCUUCUGCUUUUUAUUAAUACUUUUAUCUAUUGAAAUUUUUUUUAAGCUGAAAUGACCUGGUAAAGUUUGGAUUCUUAUUGUAAUGACCAUUCCUUACUUAAGUAUUUGUUUUUGUGUUAGUUACACAGGACUACUAAUUUUGAAUUGUUGCUAGCCUUAGCACCACAGAAAAGCAAUAUCCUUAUGCAAUUUCUUUAGACUAGCAUUUUUAAAUUUCCAUCUUUUUUUUUCUCAUUUUGCCCUUUGAACAUUUUUGAGGUACUUAGAGUAAUGUUGACUAGGUUAUUUUGGAGGAAGAAAGUAAGCUAUUGUGUCUCUAAAAUAUAGAAACAAUAACAAAUCCUUGUUUUACUAAGCUAUCUCAGAAUUUUCCUUGUUCUCUACCUUAGAUGUGUACCCUAUUGCUUGUUGGACUAAAUCAACUAGGCACCCUCUUAGAAACUGAUAUAAGGUCUCCUAAAUAAACUUGUCUACUACCUCUUUCAUAAUCCUACUUUAUGAUCAGGGAUGUUCAAUCAAAAUGAAUAUAACACAUUGUACAACCUCAUGAGGUUUAUUGUUUUUGAAGUUCUUGUCCUAUUAAUCUUGAUCUGUUUGGGUAUAGUUAAGGGUCUGGCAAGCAAAUUGCAUAUUUUAACUGAAAGCACUUAAAUGUCACCUUGAGCCCAUUAUUUGGUUGAUCUUUUGAAUUAGAGAAAUAUUUUUUUUUCAUUCUUAGGAUGAGCGUUUAAAGCAUUGUGAACUAUUCAGCAAACAGUUAUUAAGCAUCUAAUAUGUGAAAGACCUUGUUAGGCACCCUGCCCCAACAGUGGUUACAUUUUGGUGGAAAUUUUAAGAAAAGUUACCUUUAUUUCAGGAAUAAUUAAGAAAAUGGGCUCUAAUUCAUUAAAAAUUGAGUAUCUUUUGUUUAUAUAGCUCUUUUCAAGGUAUAAGUUGCUCUUAAGAUUAGGAAAAGUCUUAAUAGUGUUUAUUUUUCCAUUUUACUGAGCCUUAACAACAAAAACAGCACUUGUGAGUUUGCCAUGUUUGUAAGUCAUGGGCCAUUCAACUGAAAAUGGUAUAAAGUCCACAUCUAUUUGUCUUUUGGCCUGUGUUGUUGUUGAUUAUUUCUCAAUCUCAUUUUAGUUUGCUAAGAAACUUGAUUAGAGAAAUAAAUGUUGUUAUAACCAAGGAAUUUAGAAGUGUAUCAUCAGCAUUCAUUCUUUAGAUUGAAGUUUCUUAUACAAUUGUGCAUCCUUUUCUAUCAGAAAACUUACUUUUACUUUCUGGUGAUAUCAGAUGUCAGGCUUAAUCAAUUUGUCUCAAGAUCUUUUAGAUUUAGACUACAUAGGGUGAUCCUUUGCCUUUGUAUAAAUUCCUGUCACUCUGAAUUUUGAUGCUGUACUAUACAAACAGUAAAUUAUUUUUUUUAAAUGGAAAGCAAAACUCUUUGCUGAUAUUGCACAGAAAUUAAAUUCAAGUGGUUUUGUUUACAUUUUAAGUUAAUUACUUUUUUCAUACCAAGUGUCAAAUAUUUAUUCAGGGAACUUUGUUUUAACUUUUAAAUCUUCUGUUAGGCUAUCCCAUAUUAUUUGGGAACUGAUACUCAUAAUUGUUAGGGUUUUCAUUGUUUAACAUUUGCCAAAAGUUAAUACAGUUGUGACUUUAGUGGCACCAUAUACCUAGAAAAUGUAUGAUGAAGUACUAUUCCUACUUCAUUCCACUUCUAUUAAUAUUAAUUUAAAUUCUAACUUUUUGUUCUAAAAUCAAGCUUAUAUGGUAUUCUAAAUUUAAGAUUUUGUGAGUAUAAUACUUGACUAAAUUAACUGCUUAGUCUGAAUAAACUUGAGUGUUAUAAAAUCUUGAAAAUCUUCUGAUUUAGCUAUUUCAGAGGAAACCUUGUCCUGAUAUGUUUGCACUUGAACUUAAUGGGAAAGUCCUAUUCAUUCAUUUUCCAGAUACUAAAAUCAGAAGGCCUUUGACAUUAGAAGGUAGUUGUGAAUAACUACUCUCAUUUGCCUUGCUUUUGAAUCCAUGCUUUUAAAUCCAGUGAUUAGCUGUAGUGCUCCCUAGAUGGCUAAUCAACCUUUCAUUAUCACAAUUUUGUGAUGGAUUAUCUACAGAUAUCACUAAUAAUAACAUCAUUAGUAAUAAACCCUAUUAGGAUAUUAGUUGAUUCCUUGAGGACCUGAUUUCCAGCCUUAGCUCUUGACCUGACUUUUCUUCCUCAAUGAAAAACAGGAGUCAUUGGAAGGAUAGUAUUGAAAUCUCAAUUGAAUGCUGCCUUGAUUUAGAAUUUUCUUUUUAGUGAUUUUAGCUUGACCGCUGUGGUGAGAGUCAGUAUAGUUGUGUAGCUCUUUAUCUCUUGGGGGCCCAAACCCCAGCAAAAGAAAGCCACCCUGCCCUUUUCCAGAAAGCAAGUGGCAUUUUUUCCCUCUCAAAGGAUCAUAGAAUUUAGUGUUCAAAGGGAACCUUAGAGAUCAUUUAGUCCAAUUCCCUCAUUUUACAAAUGAGUGUAAAAGGAUUUUAUACAAGGUCACACAGGUAGCAAGUGAUAGAUACUGGAUUCAAACCCAAAUCUUAAUUCCAAAUUCUUUCCACUACACCAAGCUGUCUCACUUUGUAUGCCUUGAAUAUGUCCAUGUAUACCUCACUGUGCUAACUGUCCUCCAUGUUUCAUAGAGCCUGGUACAUGGGUAUUUGACAAGUUGACCUGGCUAGCAUGUUUAUUUCAAACUUUUCCUUAGAUUUAUUGCAUGGCUGCACUAAACUUUUUUAAAAAAUCCUUCUAAUUAAUUAUAAUGGGGAAGAUACAAGUUGACAUGAGAAUUUUUUAUAACUAAUCAUGUGGCCUUCAUGAGCAGUUUUCAUGUAUUCAGAAUCACACCUGGUAAUUAUUUGCAGCACUUUAAAACUUGUAAAACAAAGUUUACAUGUUCCCUCCAAGAUCCUCAUUAAGACCAAUAAAUGUAUGUAUCAAGCUACCAAUAAUCAGCUCUUUUCUUCUACCUAUAUGUAUUGUACUUCAGUAACAACAUUCUCUUAUUGUAUUAACAUUCCAUUUCAGUAGCUAUUAGGAGCAUGCUGUGACCUAGCAUUCAAAGUGUUUCUUAAUACACUACUAUAAUGUGAUUGUUCUUGUACCUUUUUACAAUACAGUAUUCAAGUUUAUUCUUUCUGUGCAGACAGCUGAGGCAACUGCUCUGAAAAGAAUAGAUUAUUAAAAUCUUUAUUCUUUUUUAAAGCCAAGUGAAAAGAUCUUUUGGGGGUGGGGUGCUGGGAGGGAUUUGAAUAUUAGUAGACUUGAAAGUUUCAUUUUAUUUAUAGGCUGUUGUGUCUUUUAAUAUCUAUAAAUAUAAGUGAAACAAAUAUUCAUUUGAAUAAGCUAUAAGAUCCUGACUAAGGUUUUGAAUAAGUUUGGGAAUUAAAGUUAAUUUAAAGAGAUGAGAUAAGAUAUGCUAAAUUACCUGUUUAAUUGCUGCAAAUAGUACUCUGGCAAUAAUUUUUAAACAUCCAGUUUACAAAGUAUGUAGAACUCUUGAUUGUGAAACAGAAUUUGGUGGUCUUUUCAUUGUCAGGGUUUUUUUUUUCCUCCAGACUUUUGAUUUUGUCAAUGUAAGGAAUUGCUUGCCUUUUACUGAUGAGAAUCUAUAAUUUAUAGUCUUAAAGCAUUGCUUGGGAGCAAUUAAAAAGUUUAAUGACACAUCCAAGGUCACACAGUCAAUAUAUAUCAGGAGAGAAUUAAACUCAGGUCCUCCUGACUCAAAGGACUGUUCUCCAUCCCCUAUUACACAACAGUUUUAGCAAGUUAAACAGUAACAUUUGUUCAAAAGAUUUCUCCCCUUAUUAAUAAACAAAGUUGCACUGUUUUUGUUUACCAUGUCAGCAUUUAGUUCAUUGAUUCUAAUUUUGUGUGGGUGCUAAUUAAGAUUUUCAACUGUGUGAAUUUAAAGGUUAGCUUAUUGUAGCAACUUUUUUUAGGGGUCAGUGAAGAAAGAGGAGGAGGAUUUUUACCAAAACAAAAGAGAAUUCAGUCUGGAAUGGAUGAAUUCCUUAUACUCACUGAAUAAUGCUUUUUUAGAAAGAUGAGUAUUUCAGGCCAUCAGGAGAGCAAUAAAUUGUGUUGAACCACCCAUGUCUCUCAGUGGUUGCUUUUUAGUAAAGAGGACCACAUGGAAAACUUUGCAAUUAAAACAUAGUUACAUUUAAAUAUUUACUAUGAUGCCUUUUUGUAUUUCUGCCCUUUUCCAAAAGGCAAAAUCAAACCAAGUGUAGGUCAUGGGGUUGGGGGGAAGACAUAGUUGAAUGAUAGGAAUAAUAGACUAUAGCUUCUAAUACUAAGUUAAAUUUAAGGAAAUCUUAGGGCAUAGGAUUUCUAUUAACGUUAUAUGAAAACUUUGUAAUGAAUAUAGCAUAUGUAUUUUGAAGCUCAUGAGCUCCAUAAAAGUUCAGGUAGCUUAAUUCUUUUGAAUUUUCUAAUUUACCUCUGUGCCAUAUAGCAUAUUAAGGGAAAUUCCACAUUCUUAGCAAAGCUGUAAUGGUGGCUUUGAAGAAGGGGAGGCCCCAUUUUUCUAGCAACUUAAUUUAGUCUUGGUUCUUAUUAGGAAAUAUACUUAGGAAGCAGUAUGUACCAACAAGAAAUUACAGUGAAGGAUGAUUCGAAAAUUAGAAAUGGAGGCUUAAGAAACCCGAUAAAUGGAAUUGGUUAGGAAAGACUGCCACGUGGCACUACUUUAGAACAUGUCUUAAAAGAGCAGUAGAAACUUAAACCAGGGGUCAGUUUUGUACACUUUUUCUUUAAUUAAAAUUAUUUUCUUCUGGAAGAUUGAUAAUUUUGCCUCUUGUUUUGACUUGGCUAAUUCAGAUUGUUUUCCCCACUAAGAUCUUUAAUAUGCUGCUACCACGAAAAUGUCUUGUACCAUCGAAUAACCUUUAUGUAACUUUGACAUUGCCAAGAUGCUUUGAUUUUAUUUAUAAAGUUGUAUGAUUUUAAAUAACUGAAAGCUGUGUGUAUGUAGUGACUUGUUAUGAAAGAAUUAAAUAAAGAAUUAAAGUGUU